CAUCCCAGUCCUUAUCCACCUGGCCAAUCCUAGCUAGUUAUCACACUUUUCUUUUUUCAAUGCUCGGCAACCAACCGCAGUUCGAUUUGUUUAUUGAGCAUUAAAUUGAUCUUAUUUUCGGUGGUUCAUUGUCAUUCUAACGUUUUUUCCUUCUCUUUGCCCAUGAGUACCAUUGGUCUCCCACGACUUCAUGGGCCUAUCUAUGACAAUUCAACGACUCCAAACUUCGAACUCCAAAGUCAAUACCAAACUGAUUCACAGGUCUAACAACUUUACUUUCACAUAACAAAAUACAUCCUCAUAGUUCAAUCUCCAUUUUCGAUUUCUCUCUUUCUUUCCUAAGAAAAACAACCAUGUCUGUUAUUGGGGAGGCUGCUCUCAAAGCUUUCGUUGAUGGGUUAUUUCGUAAGUUAUCCUCUUCCGAGUUCCUCAACUUUGUUACUGAAAAGCAAGUCCGCAAGGAGCUCAAGAAGUGGGAAAACAUAUUGCGGGACAUCCGUGCAGUGCUUGAUGAUGCAGAGGAGAAACAGAUGAAGGAUCAAUAUGUGAAGAACUGGUUGGCUGAUCUUCAAGACCUGGCUUACGAUGUAGAUGACAUUUUGGACGAGUUUUCCACUCAAGCUUUGGGGCGGAAGCUGAAAUCCAAGGAGGAAAGUAAGGUACAAAAGAUCAUUCCUAGCCGUUUUUCUCCAACAACUUUCAUGUUUAACAAUAAGAUGAUGUCUAAGAUAAAAGAGAUCAGUGUUAGAGUGAACGACAUAGCGGCCAAGAAAACCCAAUUUGAAUUGAGAGAUAUUAAUGAUGGGGCAAGAUCCAAUAGAAUGAAACAAAGGCUUCAACCUACUUCUUUGGUGGAUGAAACUCAUGUAUACGGUAGGCAAAAAGAAAAGGCAGCAAUAAUUGAAUUGCUUUUGAGCAAUGAUGGUGGUGAUAAUGCCGUUUCUGUGAUUCCCAUCGUUGGCAUGGGAGGAAUUGGCAAGACAACUCUUGCACAGCUUGUCUACAAUGAUAAUGGUGUGAAAAGUUGUUUCGAUCACCAGGCAUGGGUAUGCGUUUCUGAAGAUUUUGAUGCCGUUGCCAUAACAAAUACAAUUCUACAGUCAAUUAGUACUAAGUGUUGUACUGAUACUAAUGAUUUAAAUUUGCUUCAAGUGAAGUUGAAGGAGAAAUUGUCUGGGAAAAAAACUUUGCUCGUCUUGGAUGAUAUAUGGAACGAGAAUUAUGAUGAUUUGACCAUCCUACUAUCUCCUUUUGGAGUUGGAACCAAAAUUCUCGUGACAACUCGAAGCCUGAAUGUUUCUUCCAUUUUGGGCACUGUUAAAACUAGCCCCCUACAACAGUUAUCAGAGGCAGAUAGUUUAUCUAUAUUUACUCAACAUGCAUUGAGAGCAAGUGAUUUUAGUGGACAUCCAGAGUUAAAAGAAGUUGGGGAAAAUAUAGUGAAAAAGUGUGAUGGCUUACCUUUGGCAGCUAAAGCCAUUGGUGGCUUACUACGCACUAGUCUGGACCCUGAGGUAUGGAAAGCAAUAUCAAAGAGCGAGAUAUGGGACAUACCAGAAGAGAAAUGUGGGGUAAUUCCAGCUCUACGAUUGAGCUAUCAUCAUCUUCCUCCGUAUUUGAAGCGGUGCUUUGCAUAUUGCUCUAUACUUCCUAAGGAUUAUGAAUUUGGGGAGGAGGAGGUUAUCUUGUUAUGGAAAUCAGAAGGUUUUCUACAAGGAGCAGGGCCUAAAACUCAAACUGAAGAUCUAGGUAGCCAAUAUUUUCGAGAUCUUGUAUCAAGGUCAUUUUUUCUAACUUCUGAUAGAUGUAGAUCUCGAUUCGUAAUGCAUGACCUUGUCAAUGAUUUAGCUCAAAUGGUUGCUGGAGGCAUAUGCUGCAAAUUGGAGGAUAAUAAAGAACUGAAAUUUCAAAUCGUACUCGACAUUCAUCUUAUGUUCGCAGCAUGCUCGGGAAUGAAAAAGUUUGAAGCCUUUGAUCAAACCAAGCAUUUACGAACGUUCCUAUCAUUCUCACCAGUCUUAAAGUGGAGCAUUUUUAGACGUUGUUCUUAUAUAGCUAACAAUGUUCUCUUUGAUUUGUUGCCAAAACUUACAUGCUUAAGGGUGCUCUCUUUGAAAGAUUAUCACAUCAUUGAGUUACCAAACAUUUUCCAGAAAUUAAGACACUUGCGCUACCUAGAUUUCUCUCACACUGCAAUUAAAAGUCUGCCUGAUUCAGUAUGCACCCUUUAUAAUUUAGAAACCUUGCUAUUAUAUGAGUGUGACAAGCUUGAAAAGCUACCCUCAAAUUUACCUACUCUAGUCAACUUGUAUGUUCUUGAAAUGACAGGUGCAAUUUCAAUGAAAGGAAUGCCAUUUGGAAUUGGUAAAUUAACCAAUCUUGGAAGACUAUCAAAUUUUGUUCUGGGAAAAGGUGAUGGACAUCAAAUACAAGAGCUGGGGAAUUUGUUAAAUCUCAAGGAUAAGCUUUCUAUCUCAGGGUUGGAGAACAUUGUUUCUGCUCAAGAUGCGUGGGAGGCUAAGUUAAUUGAUAAGUCAGGCCUUGAUACAUUGAAACUGAAGUGGAGUACAGAAUUUGUUGAUAAUAGAAAUAAAGAAGUUGAAGAAGAGGUGUUGAACGUGCUUGAACCUCACAGAAUGCUGACAGAGCUCCUCAUUGAGAAUUAUGGUGGUACAAAAUUUCCAAUUUGGAUGAAUUCUUCAUUACAAAAUUUGUCGUCUUUGACCCUCAACAAUUGUAAAAAUUGCAUAGCACUACCAUCAAUUGGAAAACUACCAUUGCUGAAAAUUCUCUUUAUUGGGGGCAUGGACGAGUUAAACAAGGUUGGCAUUGAGUUCUAUGGAGAGAAUCAAUCAAAUGCAUUUGCUUCAUUACAGAGAUUGUGCUUUAAGGAUAUGCCAAAAUGGAAAGAAUGGUUAGUUGAUGAGCAAGUUUUGAAAUUCCCCAGCCUUGUUGAGCUUUUUAUCGUAAACUGCCCUCAAUUGCUGGGAACGUUGCCUAACCAUCUUCAUUCCUUAAAGAAGCUUCGAAUUCAUGGGUGUACACAAUUGGUGGUUUCACUUUCAGGCCUUCCGUUGCUGAAUGAAUUACAAAUAAAUGAGUGUGCAGAGUUGGUGCUCAGAGAUAAUGCAGACUUCCUCUUAAUCAAAAACUUAUAUCUUUCAAAGAUUCAGAAGUUUUCUACUCCAAUUGAGAGGCUGGUGUCAACAUCAACAACAUUGGAAUCUUGUAAGAUUUAUAGUUGCAAGGGAUUGACAUUUUCAUUGGUGAAGGAGAUGGGAUUAUCCAGAUCUCUCCGCAAUUUGGAAAUUUUUAAUUCUCCACAACUUGUCUUUUUAGAACCAGAUGAAGUAGAGGAGUCAGAAGAUGAUGAGCUGUUGCAGGUUGGAAAUCUGUGCAAUGAUGGACCCUUGAGAGUGUGGAUUUGUGGCAUCAAUAUCGAAUCUUUGAGAAUAAGGAAGCAUUUCCUCACAUUUCUUUCAGAGAUGCGAAUUGAAAAGUGCCCGAACAUAGUUUCUUUUGCAAAGAGCAACUUGCCUCCUGCUUUAAAAAUGUUAACAAUUAGAGAUUGCAUGAAUUUGAGAUGUUUGGUGGAUGAAGGAGAAAAUAUCAGCAUGACCGACACAUGCAUUCUUGAGCAUUUGGAAAUUAGUGAGUGUCCAUCUCUAAUGUCUUUAUCAUUACCUGUUAGGCUUCAACAUCUCAAUAUUCGGGGUUGCUCAAAGCUAGCUUCCUUAUCAGCAAGCGGCAAGUUACCCACAGGGCUGAAACAACUUAAGCUUUUUAGCUGCCCAGAGCUGGAAUCUGUUGCACAAGCAAUUGAAGAAAACUGUGGUCUUGAAUCUAUUUAUAUUGGAUGGUGUGGUAUUAAAUCUUUGCCGCAAGGAUUAGACAAGCUCAACCAUCUUCAAAAGAUUGAAAUACGUGGAUGUCAAAAUCUAGUUUCCUUAACAGGGUUUUUGCCUACCGCCAACCUGACAGAGCUUUUGAUCUAUAAUUGUGAAAAUUUGCGAGCCCUGCCCAAUUGCAUGCUCAACCUUACCUCUCUUCAGGAACUGGAGGUUCAGAAUGACUCAGGAGAUCAGAUAUUCAUUCCAGAAAAGGGUAUCUCUACCAACCUAACAGCACUUAUAAUCUCAGUACCAAGGAAUUAUGAGUCUCUACUUGAAUGGGGAUUGCAUAGAUUCACUUCUCUUGUACAACUUCAGGUAACUGGUAUAGGAUGUCCCGAUCUGGUGUCAUUUCCACCAGAGGAGAUGGGAAUGAUGCUGCCUACCUCUCUCACCGAUUUGACCAUUGAAAAUUUCAAAAAUCUGAAAUGCCUAUCCUCCAAGGGCUUUCAAAACCUCACCUCUCUUGAUUAUUUGUGCAUCUUCAACUGCCCUAAGGUCACAUCUCUUCCUGAAAAAGACAUGCUUCUCUCGCUUUUGGACUUACACAUUGGUUAUUGUCCAUUGCUAAUGAAAGAGUGUCAAAGGGACAAAGGGCGAGAGUGGUCCAAGAUAGCCCACAUACCUCGUGUUGAAUUUCAUGAUGAGGAAUUUGAUGCCUAAAGGAGUUAAAUUGAAAGCUAAACCGUGAAAAUCACAGGCAAUUCACAAGCUUUUUAAAAGGUAAAUUGGUAAGAGACUAGCCUUCUCAUCACUUUUUCAUCCAAAAUGGAAGAAUCGUUCUGUAAAGUUAAAUGGUUGAUUAGUAGACACAUGCUCGUUUUGAACGGUCAUUUCAUGGAAAACGUUGGACCGAACUCUGUUUUUCAGACCUAUGAAAGUGCUGCAGAGGUUGAUGAAUGGAGCGGUAAGUUGCUUCGUUGAAUUACUCAAAAAAAGAAAACAAAAGAGAGGAAAGCAUAUAAGAUUGCAUUGUCUGUGGGGAUUUGCCAAUCUGCAAUUCCCUUAAUUUGGCAUUCCUUUCGGAAAAUGAAACUUGUAAAAAACAGAUAAGAGGGAGCGGUUGAAGAUAGCCUGUCUUCCAUUUGAUCUCGAAAAGGAAACUUGGAAAAAAUCAGUUGAAUAUAUAUAUAUAUAUAUACACACCACAUCCCAUUCUGGUUUCAACACUAGAAACCUGAAACAAGAAUCUGAAGAAGAAAGAAUGAAUUCUAACCUCCAGAGGCAAUUUGAUGACCAAAUAAUCAAUACAAUUCAAUGUGAGAUGUCGUUAGGCAACAAUGAAAUAAUGACAAUUGAAUCAAUCCCACUAAACUGAAUAUCUUUUGUAUAAUUGUUUCGAGUUUAAGUUUGUAACAUAAAGAUUAUAUGUUCCUGCAUUGGGGUUUUAGUUCAAAAUUGUGACUUUUCAUUGUACAGUUAAAACCAAUUAUAGAGGUUGUAGAUAAAGAGGGUAGUAAUUCUAGCAUGCUAGUGAAGGGAAUUAGAUUUGGAAAUUUAGUAUUUAUAUUCUGUUUUAGUGUUUGCCGUCAGGAGACUUAGAACAUUUUCUGAAAGCUGGUUUUACACAGAAACAGGGGAAAAGGAAUUAAAAGGGAAAGAAAGUAGAAUAUAAAAUCAAAUGGAGUAUUUAUUUUCGUAAACCUUCAAAAAUAAUAUUGUACCAGGCAGAAAACAGGACUUUAAUAUCUUACCGCCAGGCAGUGAAAUACAAUAGCUAGAUAUUUAAAAUUUUUCAUUUGACGUGAUAAUUAUAAUGUUGCCUCUGUCUGAAGGUUGGGAGCUUAUCAUGUUUGUUAGUUGUUUUCUUUACCCUCCUUUUUAACUGUGUAUUUCGCAGUUUCAUGGUGGAUUUGGCCACGCAUUUGCUUCCCCAGACAAGCUGGUGAAAUUGCGCAAGAAGCAGGUAGACCCAAACAUGGAGAA